AUGUCGAACGCUAAAAACGCCACCACUAACGCUGCCGCCUCCAAGGAGAAGCCCUCCGAGGCUGCUCAUGCUGAGGCCCACACCAGGCCCCAGCCAGUCGAUCGUGCUUAUUAUGAGAAGAAGAUUGACAAGCUUAGUGAGGAGAUCAAGGGUCUUCAAGGCAAG